GUCCAACCAGGAAUGGGAAACAUGCACGAAGCUUUCGUAUAUAUAGUACAGGUCCUCCGCUUAAUGAUAGAGCCAUAAACAACACCUACGAAGAAAACCUCUCGAAACCCUCCAGUCUUCUGAUCUCUCUUCGAUCUUUCUCGAUCUGUUGUGUUUGUUUCGCGCGUUAGUGAUAGCAUAAAUGGAGCAGAUUUUGGGGGCUUUGAAUAAUACGGCUGGGGCGGAGAAGAUGCCAAAGACUAAGAUAGUUUGCACGUUGGGACCGUCGUCUCGAUCGGUGGACAUGCUAGAGAGGCUUCUGAGGGCAGGGAUGAACGUAGCUCGCUUCAACUUCUCCCAUGGCGAUCAUGCUUACCACCAAGAGACCCUCAAUAAUCUCAGGACUGCCAUGAACAAUACCAGCAUUCUCUGUGCUGUCAUGUUGGAUACUAAGGGUCCCGAGAUUCGAACUGGGCGUUUGAAGGGAUCAAAACCCAUACAGCUUCAGCAGGGUCAAGCCAUUACCAUCACCACUGACUAUAGCAUAGAAGGUGAUGAGAAUAUGAUAAGUAUGAGCUAUCCAAAGUUGGCCGAGGAUUUGAAGACACAAAGUGUUAUUCUUUGUGCCGAUGGGAGUAUUUCUCUUACUGUCGUGGCUUGUGACGAGGAACAAGGUUUGGUCCAUUGUAUUUGUGAAAACUCUGCAGUUCUUGGUGAGAGGAAGAAUGUCAAUCUCCCUGGGGUUAUUGUUGACCUGCCAACCUUAACUGAUAAAGACAAAGUGGAUAUUUUGGACUGGGGAGUUCCAAAUAAGAUUGACAUAAUUGCUUUGUCUUUCGUUCGCAAAGGUUCUGACCUUGUAGAGGUCCGAAAAUUGCUAGGACCGCAUGCAAAGAAUAUCCUUCUCAUGUCAAAGGUUGAGAAUCAAGAAGGCGUUUCUAAUUUCGAAGAUAUUUUAGCCAACUCAGAUGCAUUUAUGGUUGCACGAGGUGAUCUAGGAAUGGAAAUUCCAAUCGAAAAGAUAUUCCUAGCUCAGAAAUGGAUGAUACUGAAAGCCAACACGCAAGGAAAACCAGUGGUGACUGCUACCCAGAUGUUGGAAUCCAUGACCAAAUCUCCCCGGCCAACCCGAGCUGAAGCCACAGAUGUUGCUAAUGCAGUUCUUGAUGGCACUGACUGCGUGAUGCUUAGCGGAGAAACUGCUGCUGGGGCAUACCCUGAAAUUGCUGUUCAAACCAUGGUGAGAAUCUGCAGAGAGGCAGAGAGUUUUAUAGACUAUGGACAACUUUUUAAGAGAAUAAUGGAAACUGCACCGACGCCUAUGAGCCCAUUAGAAAGCCUGGCCUCCUCAGCGGUGAGCACUGCCCAAAGCAUUAAAGCAGCCUUGAUUUUGGUCCUAACCAGAGGUGGAAGCACAGCAAAGCUGGUGGCUAAGUACAGGCCGAGCAUUCCCAUUCUGUCUGUGGUGGUUGCAGAGAUAACAACAGAUUCUUUCGAGUGGUCUUGCAGUGAUGAGGCGCCUGCAAGGCAUAGCCUUGUUUAUAGGGGCCUGUGUCCUGUUUUGAGCUCAGCAUCAGCAAGAGCUUCACCUGAAGAGUCGACCGAGGAAAGCAUAAAGUUGGCCCUCCAACAUGCAAAGACCAAGAAACUCUGCAUGCCUGGGGACUCGGUCGUCGUGUUGCACAGAAUAAACACUGCGUCUAUUAUCAAGAUCAUGAUCGUUAAUUGAUUUUUGUUUCGUCGGAUUGUUGUCAAUUUAUUAUUAAUCUAGUUUUGGUGAGGAUCUUUGACACGUUGAUGGUUUAUUCAACAAUUCUGAUAUUAGGAGUGCUUUCGAAUGGAAAGAUAUUCAUGUGAUGUAAUCAAUUUUUGGAGGACAAAAACUACUAAAUUUAAUCCAAACUCUAUCAUCAAAA